UAUCGUCUCACUCGAAACUUCGUGAGUUAUCCCGCUGGUGUUUUCAAGUUUUUAAGACACGAUCAUAAUAGCGUAACAUUUUGAAAUUAAAUCACGGGCCAGUGAGGAAAGCAUAAGCAAAAAGUAUUUAGUGAAAUCCAAGAAGAAAGAAGAAACGGCAUACUCACCUGUCUCCGCUUUUCUCAGUUUUCUGCACCGGGACCAGCAGUAUGACAGAAAUGGGUAUACUAUUUCGGCUAUGUCUUUUGACAUUAUGGUGUGUUCAAUCGAACAGUCUCGGGAUCUACAAACUAGAAAAGGAUGAGCUUUUAACAAACGGAGAUAUGGAGUCCGAUAGGUGGAGCUCCGAUUACCAGUGGUGGCCCCUACAUGCCAAAGUCUCCCAGAUCCAAGGAUUUAAGGGCAAAGCUGCUGCCAUAACAGACAAGAGAUCGAAAUGGGGGCUUCUCGGCCAGUGGCUCAAAGGAGACCGUGCUCUACAGCCAGGGAACUACUACAUGGAGGCAUACGUUAAGCUGUUGAAUCAUCCCGAGGUCAUCGGCUAUGACUGGUUCAGGAUGGACAUGAUGUUCAACUAUCUUGAUAAAGACGGAAAGAAAGUAUACCCCAAAAUUGCACGAUAUCCCCGACUGAGAGACACUGACGGUUGGGUGAAAAUUGCUGGAGAAUUCGUAGUUCCAAGCAACACGACUAAACAGAGGGUCUAUUUCUCGAGCCCUUCAAGUCAGUAUGUAAACUUCGCCAUUGAUGAGGUGAGUUUGAGACGGAUCACUCCAGAGGAGGACUGGGAAGCUGCAGCGAAUGAAAUGAUUGACGAACAUAGAAAAGGAGAUGUAAACGUCAAUGUGAAAAUUAACUACAACAUGGACCCAAGCUUUGUUCAUUUUAAGAUAAGACAGCUUCGACACGACUUUAAGCUUGGUGCUUUCGUCCGAUGGCAGCUCAUCAAUGGGUCUUGGUUUAGCGAUGAAGUCAGGCAGCGAUAUCAAGAUUACUUCUACGAUACGUUCAACUCCGGUACUCCCAUGUCCGCCUUUAGAUGGAGGGUCACAGAGUAUCACCAGGAUGAACCGUGGUGGCUUGGAGGCGACAGGGCUGCAUAUGCUUUAAAUGAACGUGGGGUGAAUGUUCUUGGGCAAUCAGUAUUUUGGAAUGAUAAAGGAUUCUGGCCUAACUGGUUCACGGCUUUGUCUUCAGAUGAGAAAGUUGAAAAAAUGGAGAAACGAGCGAAGGACCUUGUCGGGCGGUAUAAGGGCAAGGUAAACCAAUGGCUGGUGAGCCGAGAAAGCAUCAGCAAGAGAGGGGAUUUCGAGAAGUAUACGGAAGAUUAUGAUAUUCUAACUAAGAUGUUUAAUUGGACGAGUGCUGCCGAUAGCUCUGCUGAUUUAGUGCUAAGCGACAGAUUCGCCAUACAACAACCCGACUAUGCUUCCGCUAUGGUCAACCAAAUCAAAACUCUGAAGGCUGCUGGCUACUCGCCUCAGCUCGAUGCGCAGGGAACUUUCCUGGAAACGAACGCAGUAGAUCCCAUACGAAUUGCGGCUCGUUUUGAUAUCCUUGCACAAGCUGGCGUCCCAAUUAUGCUUUCCCAGUUUCAAGUCCAACGUAAGGAUGUUGUUGAACGCGCCAAUGACAUCGAGAAGUUUCUCCGUGUUGCGUUCGCCCAACCAAACGUUGACAGCAUUUUCUUCAGGGGAUUCUGGGAUAGCAGUCUUACCACACCGGACACAAGCCUCGUUGACUCGGAAGAUUUCGAUAUUAAUCAGGCUGGGUGGACGGUGAAUAGAUUAUUCAAGAAAGAAUGGAGAACAGAUGGCUAUCUCACCCUGCCAGAGAAGCACAUGCGUGAACAAACAUCCGGGUUUCGCGCUUUCUACGGCGAUUAUGAAAUGGACGUCAUUGUUGACGGCAAUGUUGUCGAAACGCGCGAGUUCAGCGUUAAGAAGGGCAGCACUACCGAGAUCAAUGUGGAAAUAAACGAGCCUGAGAAAACGGACAUUAUUAAACGCAGCGCUGGUGUGUUUAAAGAUACCGUCCAACAAUUUGAGGCGGUCUAUGGCUUGAACUAAAUACGAUAAUUCGAUUUACAGUUGAACAAAAUUUGAUAGACUUGUAAACAAUAUACAUCUUAGUGUCCAAUAACUACUUUUUGUUGAUAGAGCAAGCCACAGCCAUUCAGUGAACACCUUGUUAAAAUUAAAAAGAUUAAAUUUAAUUAAAACUGCAAUUGGAUGUCUGUAAUUAAAAUAGCUUGAGGUGAUGUCUAGUAAUCAACUGUGAAGGAAGGCUCUGUGCAGUCAUUCUGUAAAUAUGAAGUUUAUGACAAAAUGAUAAAUUUAUACUAAGCUCUUG